GUGUCCUCCUUCACAACCAUCACAAAUCACUCAUGCAAUCAAACUUAUAUAACUUUUUCUUACAUCCGAGAAACAUAGCUUGUUCUUCAAAUUCAAAACAUUUGAAAUGGGUUUCCGUUUACCUGCAGCUAUUAGACGGGCAUCAUUAAGUAGUAGCCAAACAUCAUCUAAAGUAUCAAAUAUCCCUAAGGGCUAUCUUGCAGUGUACGUUGGAGAGGAAAUGAAGCGGUUUGUUGUCCCCUUGUCAUACUUGAACCAACCUUCAUUUCAAGACUUGUUGAGUCAAGCAGAGGAAGAAUUUGGAUAUGAUCAUCCAAUGGGUGGCCUUACAAUUCCUUGCAGAGAAGAUGUUUUCUUGAAUAUUACUUCUCGCUUCAAUGGACUAUAAAUCUACAACAACAAUAGAGACUGACAUAGAUUAGGAGAGACAUUUUGUACAAUAGUCAAGAUUCUUUUCCCUUCCUUAACUUUGGAAGGGUUAGUUAUCGAUUUGAAUGACAUAUUCAGGAACAGAUUAUUUGUCAUUAUACAUUUCUAAUCUUAAUGACACAAUAUAUUCAACAACUCAAUGGCUCACAUAUGCUUCUAUUUAUAAAUUGCAAAAUUGGUGAUUCCUUUAGCUCGAAUAUUAUCACAAUCUCACAAAUUUAUAGAAAAUGAUUUUUGUAGCAGCUUUGAUUUAUAAUAUAUAGCGCAAUAUCUUGGCCGCAAAAAGGGCUGUGUUUAUCAAA